UCAAUUUGUUCUCUUCUCCUUGCAGAAGAAAUGUACAAAACUUGGAGUGGUUAAUGCCUAGAACUAGCACAGACUCACUAGAUUGUGAUCAGGACAGAAUACUCUUUUGGGUAAUUGUAACUAGGCCGUUUGAAUUUUGAUUUGUUUUCUUCCUAUUAGAAUUUAGAUGACAGUGCGUUCACAAAAAGACAUGCAAAGCUUGAGCUUGAUGAGAAAAGAAGGAAAAGGUGGGAUAUCCAGAGGAUCAGAGAGCAAAGACUGCUACAGCGAUUACAACUGCGGAUGUACAAAAAGAAAGGAAUUCAGGAAUCAGAGCCAGAAAUCUUGUCAUUUUUUCCUGAAUCAGAUGAUGUGGAAUCUCUGGUAAUUACCCCGUUUCUACCCGUGGUGGCUUUUGGCAGGCCUUUACCCAAGCUAUCACAACAGAACUUUGAGUUACCCUGGUUGGAUGAGCGAAGCCGUUGCAGGAUAGACAUACAAAAGAAACAGACGCCACAUCGAACGUGUCGCAAAUAGAUGUUUUGCACAUAACUCUGACUGUAUAAGUACCUGAGCUGCAAACUGUACAGCAACACAGCUGAAUGGCAAAGCAGCUUAGCUUUCCUAAAGGACCACCUGCCUGCGAAGCUCAUUCAGUGUUUAUAUUGAUGUUUAUAAUUAAUUGUCGCUGUAUCAGUAACUGAAUAGUCUUGUCUCUGGCUCUUUUAUAUUUUUGCUUCUCACCGAAGUGAAAAUCAAUUAUUUUUUCCUGUUUUGUCCGUUUGAAUUCAGAAAUUCAGUUUGGGCCGUUUUGUCUAUUCUGCAGAUUUGAACUUGUACAGAAAGAUUUAAAAAUCUUGCACCUUUUUAAGUUUGUUUUUCUCUAAAGAGCUCGGCUUUCUUGGAAUCCAUUUUUUGGGAGAUUGACAGCUUUCUGAAGUUGUUCAAAUCUCUCAAUUUAACAUUCCUUAUUUUGACCCAGGCAAAAGGUCAGUGUUGUUCAGUGUCAGGAAGGAGGUCACUGUCCAUUUUUUUCCACUUGUAGGAUCUGAACUGGAAUAUCAUCUAAACACAGUUGUGAAGGGCUUCCUUUGUGCUUGGCGUCUGACUGUGUUGGAACCCAGUUCUUUCACCUGGAGUCUGUUUAAAUCUGGACUAAAUAUGGAAAGUGAAGAGUCCUCUGAAUAAAGCCCAAGUGGUGAAAUAUACAAGAGAACAAAGUCCUCAACUUCUAUCAACUGUUUCAAUCGAAAAGAGACCAAGAGGAAUCCACAGCCUUUGAGAAGGUCUUUAAUUGUGUUGUGUUUCAAUCUUCUGAAUCCACUCAAAGCAGGUCAGGUGUCCACCGAACAUGACACUGGAAUUGGCAGCCUGGACACAGAGUGGUGAGGUAGGGUGGGUGGAGGUUGCUAAAGGCAAACGAGGAGUGAAUAAUAUCCUGUUUGGGUGUGGGGUGGGAAGGAGAGGGACCAUCCCAGAUAUUGGUGUUGAGCUUUAUUGUCAAGUUAAUGGAGGGGAUACACUCAAUAUCAUCUGAUUAUGGCAUACCUGACACGUGCUUGACGUGUGACUGGGUGCUAAGUAAGAAAGUGUUCUGUUUCCCCCAGCACUGUCACCUUUCACUUUUUGAGUACACAAGCACUGAGAGGAGAGGAGCCUUUCAGGAAUGUUGUGUAGUUCUCGUAAAAAUCCAUUUUGAAUGUUGUAAUUUAUGUUUUGAUGAAUUGAUAAAUAAACAUGGCUGGUAACUUCUGCUGUAA